CUCCACACCGCUGAGACACAGUGGAGCUAUACACUGUGGCCGUUGACCGAACUAAGAGACUGAUACAAUGUCCGACUCCAUUCCAUCUGCUACCGCGGAUCCAGAUGCGCUGGAUCGCCAGCUCCCCGCAAAUGCCGAAGACCGCAAGGCCGCAGCCGCCCUCAACUCGUUGAAUACAGAAGGAAUAGCUGGUGAUGCAGCUCCCUCCAAGGGGCCAUCAAGCGCAGACCAGGAAGCUUUGAGCAAAGCCAUGAGCCGCUUAGAAGUGGCUGCAGGUCAUGACUCUGGAAAGAAGAAGGCGGCUGAGUCCCAGAAGAAAGAGGCGGAGGUAAAGAAGAAGGUGGUCAAAAUAAAUGCUGCCGAUGUUACACUUCUGGUCGACCAGCUAGAUUUGCAUAAGAAUAAGGCGACGGACCUUCUCAGGGCUCACGAGGGGGAUGUCACACGCGCCAUGAAGGCCUUCAUCACCCCAUCGAUUCGGACUUGAUCACACUUCUCAAUGACGCAUAAGGUUAGAGCAAGUCUGAAUGGUCGGUCAAUAUUUGUCCGAUAAAAGUCGAUAUUUACGGCUCAUUGGCCACGAAGCAGCCCGACCCCCUCUUGGGGAGAAGAUAAGACCUUCACAGUAGUAGUGGGAACUUACGACUAAACGACUUGUAGACGAAUUAGGAUGAAAUACAAUGCAGCAGUCUUCAAACAUGAUUGAUCGGAAUACGUUCUAG